AAUCAGUGGCUGUCGCCUUUAUAAGGCGGGACAUGACCGUACCCAUUUUAAUGUGGUCCAAAUGGUUUCCCGCUACUCGUUCGUUUACAUUUUAUUGGGCGUCCUCCUGAUCAGUGGAAUCAGAGCUGCGCGCAAAUGGGACUACGAACCCAUUUCGAUCACCGCCAUCACUUCGGACGAGAGCUUAAUCAAUUUUGACAUCAAUAUCGUUCGCAUAAGUCGCGGAGAAUUCGGAAUAUCAGCCAAAGUCGAGUGGAACUACGAUACGACAGACGAAACCAUGGUGGAGGCCGUUGUAUACCGAAGCACUUCGGGAGAUGAGAAUGACUACAAGGUGCUUCCUUAUUCCAUUCCCAAGCAAUCCUUUUACGAAUAUCUCAAUACCUACUAUAAGGAUGUGAUAAUGAAGAACUUUGCCCCCUGCUCCAAUAUUCCAAUAUUCGAGGACAAAUUCGAACCACCAUGGCCGAAGAAGACUUACAACGCUGAAAAAUGCGUUAUUGAUGGCGAUGGAUUGCCGGAAAUCGUACCGCCCGGAUUCUAUAAAAUUAUAUUUAGUGCCAGCGGACCAGAGCAGCCUUCAUGGAGCUUUACUGCUAUUAUUAAAUUAACAAACAAAAUGUUUUGAAAAAAAAAUACAAGUAGAAAGUUAAUAAUGUCAAUAAUCAAUUAAAUAUCUAAUAAAAACAUUUAAU